CGGAGGAAAGCUCACGCCGCACUACUUCUCUGGCGUACCCACACAUCAGCAGCUCUCGACGUCGGACACUCAACUCGAGCCAGCUAGCUGAAGAGAGCGCGCACUAGCUCGAACCCUCCACGAACACUUGGCCGUGACGCGCGCGGGGUCGUUAUGAUGCGGAGUCCGGUGUUCUUGCUGCUGCUCUUGCUGGCCGUGUCCAUCAGGGGAUCAGAGGCGGAGUGGUGCGUGUGCAGGUCGGACGCGAACGAGACGGCGCUGCAGGAGACGCUGGACUACGCGUGCGGGCAGGGCGCGGACUGCGCGCCGGUGGGCACGGGAGGGAGCUGCCACAGCCCCGACUCGGUGGCGGCGCACUGCUCCUACGCCGUCAACAGCUACUACCAGCGGAACAGCCAGACCAAGGGCGCCACCUGCGACUUCGGCGGCACCGCCACCCUCUCCUCCGCCGACCCCAGCUCGGGGACCUGCAAAUACCCUGCAACCGCAAGUGCUGCAGGGACUAGCACAGGGAACGGCACGGCGACAGGCACGGGCACCGGCACCAACUCUUCUUCCCCGGGCUCGACGAACCCAGCUACGCCCGGCAUGGGAGGGAGCUUCACCACGCCGAUCGGCAGCGCGUCCGGCCCUACGGCGAGCAUCAUAGGCCCGGAGAGCAGCGGUGUUGCCGCCGCUGCGGCCGCUUUUGCUGGGGUCCGCGGCCUCGUCGGCGUCGCCGUGGCCUCCGUCCUCGCUUUCUAGGUGCGGUGUUGAUCAUGAAGCAGCGAGAAACGUAGUGCAUUCUUUUUAAUCAUCUCCAAUCAGUGCGUUGUUGCUUUGGUGGAGAUGUGGCUGUCGUUCUGCUUUACUAGUGUUUGUCUGUGUACGUCUUUCAUGCCCUUUUAGUCCAUGUAUAUGGAGUUUAAUUUCUUUGCCUCAUGUCGAUGUCGUACCUGUGUCCCGUGAAACAAUUUGCAUCAUGCAUGUGAUGUUACUGCA